AUGACACUUGGGAAUGUUGCCUCUUGGAAUUUAAUUGAAACUUUUUUUCGUUGUUUAACAAAAACAAUACAUAAUCCAACAUCAAUUAUAUAUCAAUUACUUAGUGGAACAGAUCAAAUAAUAUCCUGUUGUACAUUAUCAAAAACUAUAUUAUCAAUAUUUGAAUAUCUUUAUCAACGAUAUAGUUUAAUUGUAACAAAUAAACAAACAAAUCAAUUAUUACAAUCAUAUUUAAAUUUAAUUGGAUCAGAUAAUAGACCAUUUAUACAAUUAUUACUUACAUUAUUUAAUGAUCUUGAUCCUAUAUUAUUAUUUCGUUUACCAAUAUUUAAUUCAUUUAUACGUAUACCAAGACAAUUUUGGGAACAACAUUAUCAACAUAUAAAUAAAUUACAAUUUGGUUUAAAUGAUUAUUGUUUAUCAUCAUUUCCUGUUGAUUUAUUACAACAUUCGGAUAUAAUGGCUGAUUAUAUUGAACGUAUAUCAUUUGUUGGUUGGUUAUCAAGAACACAAUUUCAAGAAAUAUGGGUUUCAUUUUUAGCUUCAAUUAAUCCUCCAAAUCAAUCUAAUGAUGAAAAUGAACAAACAACAAAUAAUUUAACAAAAGAAGAAAUUUUAGAAACAAAUGCAACACAAUGUGUAUGGAUUCGUGGUGUAACAACAUUUUUAUUAAAUGCACUUCGAUUGAAUUGUACAGGAAAUCCAGCUGAUAUGACAUUUGAACAUCGAUGUCGAAAUAAAUCUAUUCCAUUUUUAUUAACUAAUAUAGGUGGUCAAUAUAUGCAAACACGUUCAACAUUAGAUACAAGUUCAAGUAAUUUAUUUAAAAAUAUGGAACGAUUAGGUACACGUGAUUUAGUAUCUUAUGAACAACUUUCAUAUGAUACUAUAUUAACAUCAAUUCAAAGUAAUAAUACAUUACCAUUGCCAGUUAAUAGUUUAUUCGAUCGUUUAUUUUCUCGUCAUGGUCUUGAUUUAACAUCAUCAUUACAAAUUCUAAUUGAACUUUAUGUUCGUUGGUUAACAACAAAUUCAAAUAAUUUAUGUCUUCAAUUAAAAUAUGAAUUAAUACGUUCAUUUAUAUAUCUUUCUGAUUUAUUUACAUCAUGA